CCAUCCCCGCAUCUCUCCCGCAGGACUGACUGACUCUCCUCAUCAUCCUCACAGACAGGAGUAGCGCAGGGAGGAGGACGCAUGAAGAUUUCUGCAAAAUUGAAUCAAACGCUGCAAAGGACAGCUUUUAAAUAUUAAGGGUCCUGCCAGACCCUGUGAAGGCUCCAUAUAGGGUCGAAUACGUCCGUUUUUUUCAUUCACCGUGAAGCAGAGGCUAUUAUUUACUCUUCAAGAUGGGCAAUCGGGGAAUGGAGGACUUGAUUCCUCUGGUAAACCGAAUGCAGGAUGCCUUCUCAGCCAUCGGACAAAAUGCAAACCUGGACCUGCCUCAGAUCGCGGUGGUCGGCGGUCAGAGUGCUGGGAAAAGCUCGGUUUUGGAGAACUUCGUCGGGAAGGACUUUCUGCCACGUGGAUCUGGUAUUGUCACUCGGCGCCCCCUAGUGCUCCAGCUAAUCAACUGCCCUACUGAAUAUGCUGAGUUUUUACAUUGCAAGGGGAAGAAGUUUACAGAUUUUGAUGAGGUCCGCCAGGAGAUUGAGGCAGAGACAGAUCGCAUCACCGGCCAAAACAAAGGCAUUUCACCAGUCCCUAUCAAUCUGCGUGUUUAUUCGCCUAAUGUCCUGAACCUCACCCUCGUGGACUUGCCUGGUAUGACCAAAGUGCCCGUCGGGGACCAGCCGGCUGACAUUGAGGCCCAGAUCAGGGAUAUGCUAAUGCAGUUUGUGACUAAGGAGAACUGCUUGUUGCUGGCCGUGUCUCCUGCCAACUCUGAUCUGGCCAACUCAGAUGCCCUCAAGAUUGCCAAGGAGGUGGAUCCUCAGGGUAUGAGAACUAUUGGUGUGAUCACUAAAUUGGAUCUAAUGGACGAAGGAACCGACGCACGUGAAAUCCUGGAGAACAAGCUCCUUCCCUUACGUAGAGGCUACAUUGGGGUUGUAAACCGCAGUCAGAAGGACAUUGAUGGCAAGAAGGACAUCACUGCGGCCAUGGGUGCUGAACGGAAGUUUUUCCUCACCCAUCCGUCCUAUCGACACCUGGCCGAUCGCAUGGGGACUCCAUACCUGCAGAAAGCGCUUAAUCAGCAAUUAACUAAUCACAUCCGAGACACCCUGCCGGGAUUGAGGAAUAAACUUCAGAGCCAGUUACUGUCCAUUGAGAAGGAGGUGGAGGAGUACAAGCACUUCCGCCCCGACGAUCCGUCCCGCAAAACCAAAGCUCUGCUACAGAUGGUGCAGCAGUUUGCGGUGGAUUUUGAGAAGUGCAUUGAGGGUUCAGGAGAUCAGGUGGACACGGUGGAGCUUUCCGGAGGUGCGAGGAUCAAUCGCAUCUUCCACGAGCGCUUCCCCUUUGAACUGGUUAAGAUGGAGUUUGAUGAAAAAGAGCUGCGGAAGGAGAUCAGUUACGCCAUCAAGAACAUCCACGGUAUCAGGACUGGUCUGUUUACACCAGACAUGGCUUUCGAGACUAUUGUUAAACGGCAGAUCGGCAAGAUCAAAGAGCCAUGUCAGAAAUGCGUGGACCUGGUCAUCACCGAGCUGGUCAAUACGGUCAGGCAGUGCACAAAGAAGUUGGCUCAAUACCCCAUGCUUAGAGAGGAAAUGGAGAGGAUUGUCACCCAGCACAUCCGCGAUCGAGAGAGUCGCACUAAAAAUCAGGUCAUGCUGCUAAUAGACAUUGAGUUAGCCUACAUGAACACCAAUCAUGAGGAUUUCAUCGGCUUUGCAAAUGCCCAGCAGAGAAGCAGUCAGAUGAAUAAGAAGAAAGCUGCUGGCAAUCAGGAUGAGAUAAUGGUGAUCAGGAAGGGUUGGCUCACCAUCAACAACAUUGGCAUCAUGAAAGGAGGAGCGAAGGAGUACUGGUUUGUCCUGACCGCUGAAAAUCUGUCCUGGUACAAAGAUGAUGAGGAGAAAGAGAAGAAGUACAUGCUGCCACUGGACAACCUGAAGCUCAGAGAUAUCGAGAAGAGUUUCAUGUCCAGCAAGCACGUGUUUGCUCUCUUCAACACUGAACAAAGGAACGUAUAUAAAGACUACAGGCAGCUGGAGUUGGCUAGUGACACUCAGGAGGAGGUGGACAGUUGGAAAGCAUCCUUCUUACGAGCUGGAGUUUAUCCAGAGCGCAUCACUCAGAGUGACACCAGUGACGAGAGCAGCUCGGACGGCUUCAUGCACUCCAUGGACCCUCAGCUUGAGAGGCAGGUGGAGACCAUCAGAAACCUUGUGGAUUCCUACAUGGCCAUCGUCAACAAGACUGUGCGGGACCUCAUGCCCAAGACCAUCAUGCACCUGAUGAUCAACAAUACUAAGGACUUCAUCCAUGCUGAGCUGCUCGCUAACCUGUACUCAUGUGGAGACCAGAACACUCUGAUGGAGGAGUCUGCAGAGCAGGCUCAGCACAGGGAGGAGAUGCUGCGCAUGUACCACGCUCUGAAAGAGGCCCUGAACAUAAUCGGGGACAUCAGCACCAGCACCGUCUCCACUGCCAUGCCUCCACCUGUCGAUGACUCCUGGCUGCAGGUACAAGGAGGACCUUCAGGGCGCAGAUCUCCAAUGUCUAGCCCCACUCCUCAACGCCGGGCCCCACCUGGACCCCCUCGUCCAGGUGGACGCACUGCUCCAGGACCCCCUACUAUUGGAGCCCCUCCUGUGCCAUCCAGACCUGGAGCCUCUCCAGACCCCUUCGGUGCCCCUCCACCACAGGUCCCCUCUCGUCCCAACCGUGCACCGCCCGGUGUCCCCAGCCGUCCGAGCAAAGGAAGCCCUUCUCACAGUGAGAGUCCACAUCCUUCGUUUGACUCUUAGAGCCAGUUGUCCUUCCUCUCCAUCCUUGUCUCUCUCUCUUUCUCUGUCUGUCCUCUGACCAAGUGCAUCUUGGAAUCGAUGCAUUAGCAUUACUGAAACGGCAGGUAUGGAUGGAAGGAAGAAUGCAGGACAGCACUCUGUACUAUACACACUACACACAUCGUCACGGGCAUUUGAAUAAUAGGCCCAAUGUGGACUUUUGUCACCGCAGUGUUAAUUAUAUCCUGAAGAUGCUGUGUGUGGUGUUUGUGUUUACACACUACUAGAUAAUGUCGACUAUUAUAGAGUUUUAAAAUGAGCUAAAGGUGUAUCUUCAUGGGUGAAUACUCAAUAUAAGAUGUAUGAUUUUUUUUUUGCACUUGUUAUGUGGUACUUAAUGUAUGAAUGUAUUAGCCCUGAAAGUUUGGAUGUUAUUUGAUCCCACAGUGUGUGUGUGUUUCGACCUCAAUGUCUCUUUGUAUUUUCCUUAGUAAUCUAAUAAAACUUGUCUGACUGACACAUACUGUACAUACGUUAGAAUAUAUAAAUAUAUAAAGAAACACACCUCUUUUUUGGGAGGAAAUGUUCGUAUUACAAGUCCCCUAGAGUUAAAGAGUUGAGUUUUACCAUUUUUAAUCCAUUCAGCCAAUUUCUAGGUCUGCUGGAGCACUUUUAGCUUAGCUUAGCAUAAAUCAUUGAAUUGGAUUAGACCAUUAGCAUCUCACUCAAAAGAUUCAAUAAAGGGUUUUGAUGAAUUUUCUAUACAAUUCUUGACUUUUUUGUAGUCACAUCGUGCACUAAGACUGACAGAAAAUAACAUUAUGCAGAGCAUAAAAAUUUACGUACUUUGAUUAUUACGCUGGAAUGUUACUAGCCAUAUCAGUCUAUAAAAUGGCAACUUUUUAUUUUUUGUCAGUCUUUGUACACAAUGUAACUACAGAAGGGUCAAGCUUUAAAUAGGAAACUUAUUGAAACUUACUUUGGAAUUUUUUUUGAGCGAUGCUAGUGGUCCAAUCCGAUUCAAUGGUUUAUGCUAAGCUAAGCUAAGCUAAGCUAAAAGUGUUAAUUGGCUUUAUGGAUACAAAAAUGGUAAAAAUCUACUGUUUAUAUGUAGGUUUACAUCUCUAAAAUAAGCCUAUUUCCAAAAAAAGUAGAGUGUUGCUUUAAAAAAUGUCUGGUAUGGAGGAGAAAGUCUCAGAAUUGUGUUUUACGUGAAGAUUUAUGUGCAUUUGUUGAUGCGACAGUAAAAAGUGGCCGACCAAAAUGAUCUUUUUCAUUUGCAAUAUUGGUAAAUUAAAUAAUUAAAAUACUCAAUAAUUAAAUAAUUAAAACACUCCACUUGAUUUGUAGUCACUUAGAGUUAAACUGUUGAGUUUUACCAUUUUUUUAAUCCAUUCAGCCAAUCUCCGGCUCUGUGGGAGCACUUUUAGCUUAGCUUAGCAUAAAUCGUUGAAUCGUAUUAGACCAUUAGCAUCUCGCUCAAAAAUUUCAAUAAAGAGUUUUUAUGAAUUUCCUGUUUAAAGCUUGACUUUUUUGUAGUUACAUCACGAACUGACAGAAAAUAAUUUGAUACAGAAAAAUAUGGCAGAAAAGAUUAUUGAUUAUUGCACUAGAAUGGGAGUAUAGUUCCUAGCCAGCAAUAUCAGUCUAUAAAAUGGCAACUCUUUUAUUUUUUGUCAGUCUUAGUACCUGAUGUAACUACAGAAAUGUCAAGCUUUAAAUAUGAAAAUUAUCUAAACUCCUUUUAAAAAUGUUUUUGAGUGAUGCUAAUGGUCCAAUCCGAUUCAAUGGUUUAUGCUAAGCUAAGCUAAAAGUACUAAUCGACUGAAAAUGAUUCCCACAUGGUAAAAAUCUACUGUUUAUAUCUAGGUUUAAAUGUCUAAAAUAAGCAUACAGUAUUUCCAAAAAACGUGGAGUGUCCUUUAAAAAGGAGUAGAAAAUCUCACAAUGGUGUUUAUGUGAAGAAGAUGCAGUUCAUUUGUUUAUUUAUAGGACAGAAAAAAGUGGCCGACCAAAAGCAAAGUGCGGCAAAUCAGUUAAAAUGUUCUUAAUAAAUAAAUCAAUUAAAGCACUCGUAAACCUUGUCUAAAGGAAGCGAAUGUGUUACUGUGUUGAUGUAUAUUUGUUGUGCAUCUCUGGGAGUGUUUCUGUUGCCUUGUGUCACUUUGUACAUUUACUGAGUAUUAAUAAGAAGUCAUUGUAUUGAAAAUGAACUGAUUGUAAAAGUUUAUGGUUUGUUUGUAUGUGUGUGUGUGUAUAUAAAUAUACAUAUAUAUAUAUAUAGGGGGUCUGCGGGCAAUACCAAAAUCACUACUCUAUAUGGAAUGGGUGUGUGUGAAUCUUACUGCUGCCAUGUGCAUCUUAUUGUGGUCUGAUGUCAUCUAUGGCUGGUGCUUUGUGACUAAAUUAAAGUGUCUUUGUGUGAAAGAUAA